UUUCAUGAUUUUGUGUUAAUGGAAGAUAAUGAAAUGCAAGUGGAUUGUAUACCAUUUGAUGAUUUAAGUAAUGGGAAAGAGGACUGUGCGGUUCCUUCGAAUGAACAAGAUGAAGAUACGGGACGGCUGUAUCCUGAGGAUUACUCACGUUACUUUAUUCCCUAUGAAGAUGAGGAGUUUCACUCUAAAGAAGAUGUUAAAGCUUGGUGUGUUGGUAAAGGGCGUUAACACAAUUGUUCCAUCGUUUCUGGCCCGGGUACAAAGACUGGAAAACUUGAAUGCAAUGGAAAAGGAUCGAGGAUUGAACUUGUUUGUUCGAGAAGUGGUGUCUAUAAGAGUCAUAAAGCCAAAGAUUAUGUUCCAAAGACGACGAAUGCAUUAA